AUGCUAAGCGACAACAUUCCCACGUACAAUGAAUUGGCAGAACGAACUGAUCGUAUCGGUGUACAAAGACCGCUAGUAGGGGAGGAUAUUAACAAUAGUCUUCAGCGAGACACUAUCAUACGAGGCCGAAAGAAGGCCGUGCAAGCUCGCCAGGUGGUGAAAAAGACUGCGCGACGACUUACCCCGGCAGCCAGCAAUCCCGCAGCUAACAAGGUACCAACUUUGGCGAUACCUAUUCAGGUACCUAGACCACCGCCUUGGAGAGGACCAAUACCGAGGACCAAUACCAACCAUCUCGUCGCGGGAUUGAGCAAAACUGCAACCCCCCUUGCCGGCAACUCUACAAACACCUUCGAAGGGAUUCGUAGAGAGCAAGGGAGAUGGUAUGACAGACUCGGGAGAUGA